AUGCCUCGUACCAGAAAACCCGUCAACCAAAAGACCAAAAAGCAAACCCGAGAAGCUUCUUCUUCCCAACAAGAGCUACAACAAGGGAUUCGCUUUCCUAGUACUUUCCACAUGGUUGAUCCCUCGGUUGGUAGUCAUCAUCAACCUCUCCAAUCUCCAAUCCCUAAUCCUUUCUCUCAUUCCUAUAAUAAUAAUAAUAACAAUAUUACUACUAACUUGACCACACACAAUAAUAGGAGUGACUCUUCCAUGUUAGUUUCAGACAAUGACAGUUGUAGUAUGUUCAGCACAUGCUCCUCCUCAUGUUCCUCUUCGUCGAAUAGCUACUCGACCAAUACAUGUGUUGUGGACUCCACUACCUCGAAGAAGCGUACCAGAACAAGCUCAUCCUCUAAAAAGCAAAAGAAGAAUUCUAAAACUAAUAAUAAUUCAUCCUCUCCAUCCAACAUGAACCUUCAGCAACACACCUUUGUCAACAAUAAUACUUCCAAUACCACUGUUCGUCCAAGAUCCAACAAACCAACAGCGUCGGCUCCUCUAAAAAGACACUUUCCCAAUUGGCAGGCUGUUGCACAAUUUGUUCAUGAUCAUGUUCACCAAACUCAUUGUGAUCAAAAAGCUUUCAUUUCCUUCAUUGAAAAAGCAUUCAAUUUCGAAUUGACAAACGAUCAAGUAUUGAGACAUCACUUCAACCGUAUGGGAAUUCUGAAUCAUCAACAUGCUCUCACCAUUGAAAAAGAAAGUGACUUGGUUCCUUCCUUUGAUAAGAGUUUGCUCGAUAAUAAUGAUUUCCUAAAACUAUUGUUGAAAUCUGAAGGUGGUGUGUUUACCAUUCUCUCAUAUCCUUAUAUUGCAUGCAUGUUUAGAACCACUCCAAUUGCUGUGAAGAAGAAGAUUCUACCACUUCUCGAAGAACUUGGCUUGAAGAUGCCAGUCUUUGACUUUGACCGUAAUCGUUUGAAACGUUAUUUCAAAAAGUACCUUUGCAACUAUGGAAUCGACUUUACACAGGAAGAUGAUGGUAGCGACCAUGAUGAUGAAGACACCAGUUCUAACAGUGAUGUCGCAUCUCAACAUGAUUCAUCAACCAAUCAUGGAGCUGAAUGUUCACCAAGCAUGUCAUCAUCCCAUGCCAACGAGGAAGAUGACUACUUCCAUCCAUCCUUAGAAAAGAAGCAAAAGUUGGAUACUUUGCAAAGUAGACAACAGCCAAUCUUAUCAUUCUCUCCAUCAUCUCCUUCGAGCAGUACUCAAUUGCACUUGUCUGGCUCUUCUUCCUCGACUGUGGUCUUGGGAAAUGUUGAGCUUUCGAAUACUUGGACAAAUCCUGCUAAUUUGGGAUUGGAGAAUGAUGUUCUAUUCCAUGCAUUAUAUGGUGAAGCCAGUUCUAAUUUUUUGAAUAAUACUGCUGUUUCUCUCAACCAACCAAUUUCGACCAUGUAUACUAGCAGCUCGGUCGUAGCUCCACAGAACUCCACUAAUGACGAACCACAAGACAAUGCCACUUUCGAAGUUUUUUUGCAAUCUUGGAGCGAGGAAUCUAGUUCGAAUCCAGACCAAACUUUCUCUUUUUUUGAUUAA